CUCGCAUUGUGGACGCUUUGCCAGCGCUUCCCGCCGAACAACUCACGUCACUCCUCCAAACCACCGCUUUGCUCCACGACAGCGAGACGAACCCGUCGGAGCGUUUAAUUACCGCCCGUCGGACUCUCGAUACAUUCUACCCCAUCACAAUGGCGCUUAACCACUACCUUCACAAAAAGGUAUCAGUCCUCACGCUCGACGGACGCACAAUGGUCGGUACCCUCGAAUCCUGCGACGGCAGCAUGAACCUUGUCCUCUCCGAAGCCGUAGAGCGCAUCAUCCGGCCGCGCGAGGAAGACGUACCCUCAGAAGAAGUGCCGCUGGGCCUGUACAUCAUAAGAGGAGACAGUGUGGCGAUCGUUGGGCGCGUGGAGGAGGAGCUGGACGCGAGUAUUGAUUGGACGCAGGUUAGAGGGGAGGUGCUGGGGACGACAAAGCACGUGUGAAGGUCCGAACUGGGAACAGGAACUGGAAAUCGGGACAAUGAUAUCUGCGGAGAAGAUGUGAAGGACGCUUGAGAUUGGAGGAAAGCUGCCACAGCUGUGGAAUGCAGGCGCGCUGGAACAAACCGCGCGACCACGCGACGGCAUGGGCAUACUGCUGCCUUGGAGGACACGAUUUGCUAGUUUGGUUUGAAGAAUGAUACCCAGAAAAAUGGAUGAUUUGCUUGUUCUACAAAAGACUAUGUCAGUCCCAUCUAACGCGCCUUCUGAGCGACGAGUGGACAAUACACAUGAACUUAUAUCGUGACAUGUUCCUCCGUGCAUGUCUACUCCCCACUCGAUUCCAUGUCCGUGCAGCGCGGACCAUAGACUUGAACAAGAUGUGACCGCCGAGAGUACUGUUCACAAAGCCUCGCUGUGCUGCUUCGUAGUCCA